AUGGCUAUCAGAACGCUAUUCCUCACUGCAUUGACUGCCAGCCUUUCAUUGGCGUCACCGCUUGAGCGAGCUGCGACAGCAGUCAACACAACUACGUGCAAUGGGCAAACCUAUGUAUACCAGGCCCUGGCUGGCUAUGGGUUCACUCCAUCGGACGCUCGCGACAAGUUUGGCGACACUGCUGGCGGGAUCGGUAGUAGUGCUGCUAUUGAUCAAAAGUCGUGGAAAGUUGACAGCAGCGGUGUCUACACAGGGAUACUCUGGAGCCUUCCAGAUCGCGGUUGGAAUACCGAAGGCACUUUGAAUUACCAACCUCGACUUCACAAGUUCCAGAUCACCUUCAAGCCUGACACGGUGUCGAGCUCGAGUGCGCCCAACCUCCAAUUGAAGUAUUUGGACACGAUCCGCUUCACCGACCCUGCGGGAACACCCUUGACUGGCCUUGAUCCCGACCUACAGCCGCCUUACCUUUCAUUUCCUGGCUUCCCCGAGCUUCCAUCCGCCACUUACACCGGAGAUGGCUUCGGCGGCAACGGGACGGGCGGCCAAAGGGUCGUUGGCGACACCGAAGGUCUUGUCCUCACCGACGACGGCUUCUGGAUCUCAGACGAGUACGGGCCAUACAUUUUCCACUUCGACCACAGCGGGAAAAUGACUGGCGCUAUCCGUCCGCCGCCUGCAAUCAUUCCCCAGCGCAACGGCAGCGACUCCUUCAAUGCGGCCAGUCCCCCAAGAUACGACCCCAACAUUACCACCACUCCGGCAAAUCCUACCAGCGGACGGUCCAACAAUCAGGGUCUCGAGGGUCUCACUUCCUCGCCUGACAGAAAGACCCUCUACGCACUCAUGCAGUCCGCACUAGUCCAGGAGGGCGGCCGCAACGCGUCGACCCGCCGCCUCGCCCGCCUGCUCGAGUACGAUAUCAGUGACGCGUCCCAUCCCGUCUACAAAGCCGAGUAUGUCGUCCCUUUGCCAGUCUUCGCCAACAGCACCCUCGUGGCCGCGCAGUCGGAGAUUCACUUCAUCAGCCCGACCCAGUUCCUGGUCCUUGCGCGCGACUCGGGUCGCGGCCACGGCAUGGACAACUCCCAGUCCCGAUACCGCCAGAUCGACGUCUUUGACAUCUCCAACGCCACAAAUAUCGCCGGGAACAGUUACGACGCGACCACCGCGGCCGUCGCCUCCGUCGAUGGUGUCCUCGCCUCCACCGUCGUCCCAGCGACCUACUGCCCGUGGCUCGACUUUAACGUCAACGCCCAGCUCAACCGAUUUGGCGUCCACAAUGGCGGCGACCAGGACGCCGGCCUCCUCAACGAGAAAUGGGAGUCCAUUGCUAUUGUGCCCGUCAACCCGCCCUCGACCACCGGGUGGAAGGACUGGCAUGCUGGGUCUCAGGGCGAAUUCUUCGUCUUCAGCCUAAGUGACAACGACUUCAUUACCCAGAACGGGUUCAUGAAUGGUGGGCAACUCCCGUAUGCGGACGAGAGUGGGUAUAGUCUUGAUAAUCAGGUUUUGGUCUUCAAGGUCUCUCUUCCUGUAGCGUGA